UACACUCAGCAUGUCUUGUUCAAACAAGCCAGCUUUCUAUCACCUCAGAUAGGGAAGGGUAGCAGAAGGGCAGAAAACUGGCGACUGGCAUUCAUGUGUUGAAACAUUUCUGCAGCCAUUUUUCCUUCCUGAAGCCUGAGGAUCUGAGAGGCAGACUGCGGUGAGAGCCAGUAUCGUCUUACAUCCUGCAGGAGUGUGUGAGUGCUGGAGACACGGCAGUAAACCGAGGGGAGGCAACACUGGAUGGACAGAAUAUGGGGUCAGAUGAGGCUUACAACUUUGUCUUUAAGGUGGUUCUAAUAGGAGAAUCUGGUGUAGGAAAGAGCAAUCUGCUGUCCCGCUUCACCAAAAACGAGUUCAACCAUGACAGCCGAACAACCAUCGGGGUGGAGUUCAGCACGCGCACCGUCCAGCUCAGCGGCAUCACCAUCAAGGCCCAGAUCUGGGACACGGCCGGGCUGGAGCGAUACCGUGCCAUCACUUCUGCGUAUUACAGAGGAGCUGUUGGAGCCCUGCUGGUCUACGACAUCACCAAACACCUCACCUAUGAGAGCGUGGAGCGCUGGCUAAAGGAGCUGUACGACCACGCUGACCCCCACAUUGUGGUCAUGCUGGUGGGCAACAAGACUGACCUGGAUUCAGAGAGAUCUGUGCCCAUCGACGAGGCUAAAGACUAUGCCGAAAAGAAUGGUCUUUUGUAUCUGGAGACGUCUGCAUUGGAGUCAACUAACGUGGAGGCAGCAUUCAACAAUGUCCUACAAGAGAUUCACAGGAAGGUGAGCAGUAAGGAAGUGGUCCGGGGCUCCAUCAGUGCUGUGUCCUUGAACAGCUCCGUAAAAGAAAACACAGAGGACAAGAAGCCCUGCUGCAGGAACAUCUGACCACAAUGUCCUCCAGGAGCCAAGGGGCCUCAGGGCGGGUGACCUUCAGCCACAAACCUGUACAAAAUCUCAGGGAAACGGCAUCUGCGGGUGCCUAAAUGAAUGGUCCUGGCUUAAGAGAUGGUGCUUUGAGAUGACUGAUUUACAUGUUUUACAGGCUGUAUGAUGAAUUCAAAAGAUGAUUGUGAAUGACAGUAUAUGGAGACCAACAUCAAUCCUUGAAGAGUCUCUGCUGACUAUUGAACAAAGUUCAAAAGUAAAACACUUAACCAUGUUACCUGCAAGAUUAUAUUUGUAUAUAAUCCAUGCACAGAAUUGGAGAAACCCAAAUACAUAAUGGUAUUUGUAAAUGUUAAUGACUCAUGACUGUUUUAUGUUUAUUGGUUGGUGACACUAUUAGUCUUGGGACGGCGUUAUCUCUGUGCCUUUGGUAAAGAAUGGUCCAGUGUACUUUCUGCUAAGGUAAAUAAGACAGGAAGCGUUGAAGCACCUUUACUUAACAUUUAGGAAAUUCGACCAGCUCUUAUCACUGCUGCCAUUUCCAGGUCAUUUCAAUCCGUCAGGAACCUUCACAAGCAAAAAAAAGGCUUGCUGUCACUGCUGUGUGUGUGCUUGAGCUUAUGAUUAAGGAUGAGAAUGUUGAGAAAUAAAUAAUUUAUAAAGACA